AAUAAAGAAGAAGAAGAAGCUAGCUGGCUGAAGAUCUUGAAGCGACUAGUCUAGCGACUGUUGUUAUUGUUCGCUAAAUGCAUUGCGUGUGUAGCUGGUCAGCUAGCAAUCUUACACAGACCAUAGGCAAAAGAGACGUAUCGUAGUAGCAGCUUGCAGCGUUAGCAAAAGCGUCUCAUGAGUGGAUGCGUAGUCCUCCGGAAAGCUUUUUCGACUGCUGCGUAAACUGACAGUCGGAUUUCAAAUAUGGAACACAUCCGAACUCCAAAGGUGGAGCAGGUGAAGCUCUUGGACAGGUUCAGUAAUAAGUGCACCACAGGAGACCUGCACCUGACUGCCACUCACCUCAUCUUCGUGGCGAGCACAUCAGCUAGCACUCAGGAGGUUUGGAUCCUGCACCACCACAUUGCCUCUGUGGAGAAGCUGUCCCUCACUGCUGGCGGCUGCCCCCUGGUCAUCCAGUGCCGGAACUUUCGGGUGGUCCACUUUGUGGUGCCACGGGAACGGGACUGCCACGAUGUCUACAGCUCACUGGUCCGGCUGCUGCGGCCAGUGUCGUACGAUGAGCUGUAUGCCUUCUCCUACAACCCCAAGCAGAAUGACCAGCAGCGCGAGGAGGGCUGGCAGGUGAUCGACCUUGCUGCAGAGUUUGAGCGUAUGGGCGUGCCCUGCGACCAGUGGCAGCUCACCGAUGUCAACAGGGACUACAAGGUGUGUGAGACGUACCCUCGGGACCUGUAUGUGCCUAUCACUGCCAGUAAACCCAUCAUCGUGGGAAGCUCCAAAUUCAGAAGCAAAGGUCGUUUCCCCGUCCUGACAUAUUUCUACCAGGAGAAGAAGGCAGCAGUGUGUCGGUGCAGCCAGCCCCUCUCCGGCUUCAGCGCCCGCUGCCUGGAGGACGAGCACAUGCUGCAGGCCAUCAGCAAGGCCAAUCACAACAGCCGCUUCGUCUACGUCAUGGACACGCGGCCCAAGCUGAACGCCUUGGCCAAUAGGGCUGCGGGAAAGGGCUAUGAAAACGAGGACAACUACUCCAACAUCCGCUUCCAGUUUGUGGGCAUCGAGAACAUCCACGUGAUGAGGGCGAGCCUGCAGAAACUGCUGGAAGUGGUGGGGACGCGCUCUCUCUCUGUCUCAGAGUAUCUGUUAGGUCUAGAGAGCUGUGGUUGGCUGAGACACAUUAAGGCCAUUGUGGAUGCUGCUGUCUUUCUUACCAAGGCUGUGACAGUAGAUGGCGCCAGUGUACUCGUUCACUGCUCAGAUGGGUGGGACCGCACAGCCCAGGUGUGCUCCCUGGGGUCACUGAUGAUGGACCCUUACUACCGCACCAUCAAGGGCUUUAUGGUCCUGAUCGAAAAAGACUGGAUCUCAUUCGGGCACAAGUUCGGAGACAGGUGUGACCAGUUGGAUGGAGAUUCUAAGGAAGUGUCCCCAGUCUUCACACAGUUCCUGGAGAGCGUGUGGCAACUGAGCGAGCAGUUCCCUCAGGCCUUCGAGUUCAGCGAAUGGUUCCUCAUCCAGAUCCAUGAGCAUGUACACUCCUGCCAGUUUGGCAACUUCCUGGGCAACAGCCAGCGCCAGAGGGAGGAGCUACAGGUGAAAGAAAAGACUCACUCUCUGUGGUCAUUCCUGUUGAACGAGCAGCAGAACUACCUGAACCCUCUCUACAACCCCAGCCUGGCCGAGUCACAGCCAGUUCUGGAGCCUAGCACUCUGCCCUGCCACUUCAAGUUCUGGAGAAACAUGUACCACCAGUAUGAUCGGACAAUGCACCCUCGUCAGUCCGUCAUCAAGAACCUCCUCACUCUGAGAGCUCAGAGCAAAGAUCUGGAGAACACAGCCCAGCAGCUGGAGACUAAGCUCCGGAGCCUUGGCGGCAGCGCCCCGCCCAUGGAAGUCCGUGCUCCCCCCAGCCACAGUGCCCCCCCUGCGAGGCCCCAGUCCUUGAUCCUGGGAGCCCCCUUCAGCUGUAAAGAGGCGGAGCAGGAGGAGGGGCAGCGGGAGGAGCCGGGCUGCGGCGACGGACGACGGACAGUGGAGGGCAGCAGCGCCACCGAUAACGGCUACAGCGAGCUGCAGGGCUCCUUUGGCGCUAAACCCGAGCCCGCCGUCGUCAGCCUGGAGUUUGGGGUGGCCCGCAUGACCUGCUGAGCAUUGUGGGAUAGCUGGGGAGUAGGUCUGGCGCUGGAGAAGCCACCCCACCCCCGACCCCCCACCCAGAGAGCCCCUACUGCACUGGUGUGUGCAGGGUGGAGCCUCCUGUUCCAUUAUCGGCACCUGAAUGAGAAAAUGCAGAACAUUGCUGGCAUUGACUGGCAGUGCAGCUCCUAUUUUGUACAGACUGUAGAUAGCACUCAGUGAAUGGAUGAAUGAAUGAAUGUAUAAAUGAACAGAUUAAUAAACCCGAUGAUGGGGUGAGCAGGGUCACAGCUGCCA